AUGGAGUUCGUCGCUGACUCGAUAGAUAGCAAGUGUCAGAGAGGUUCACUGAACUCAGAUAUGCAGACGGAAACAGCAAAGAGGAGGAGACAACCUGACCGAAGCGAGAGCGGGGAGAGGAGAGCAGAGCCGCGGGAUAUCGAAGAGAGACCCGCGGGCAGCAGAGCCCGGAGCUCCGGGGAGGACAAGGAUCAGGAGGUUGCUCUGGAGGAGUCAGAGACGAGGCUGGCCAAGGUGCAGACAGAGCGAGAGAAGGAGGCCGAGGUAAAAAAACGACGUGCCGACGAGCUAAAGCAGCUGAUGGAGAGAGAGGAGAGGAGCCGCAGGGAGAAGGAGCUGCUGGAGCAGAGGGUGAAGUCUCUUCAGUCGAACAUCGAGGCAGAGCGAGGUGCUCACCUGGAGACAAAGUUCAACUCUGAGAUCGUCCAGCUGCGGGUGCGGGACCUGGAGGUGGCGGUGGCGGUGGAGCGGUCCGGCCAGCAGGAGGCACAGAGCAGCCUGGAGCUGCUGAGAGCUCAGUUCAGAGAGGUGGAGAACGCUUACAGCCGGGAGAGAGAGAGGAGCAGCAGCACUGAGCGCGCUCUGGAGCGGUUGCAGUUAGAGUACGAGCAGUGCAAGUCUGUCAUGAGCGCUGCUUUGGAAACGGAGAGGAAGACGACCUCCGACCUCUCAGAAAAACUUGAGGAGGAGGAACGACAGCAUGCCGUUCAGAGGCAGUGCGACACAGAGGAGGCGUUUGUGACCUGUGUGAAACAGAUCAGAGGCGCUCUGCAACAGCACACCAGCGAACCAUCAGCGCAACCUGCAGAGGAUGAUGGGAAACAGAGUCUUCCUGCUGAAGUCCUGCAGCUGCUGAGGACCACGCUCAGCUCAUACCAGCAGAGGCUGUUAGACGCUGACAGACAGAUCGCCCACUUGCAGAGCGUGUGCGACAAGAAGAGUGUGUGUGUGCGCGAGCUGCAGCAGAAUCAGGAGUGUGUGUUGUCCCGUCUGGAGGAGAGCGUGAGGAGGAGGGAGGAGGAGUGGAGCAGACAGCACACGCACACUGUGAGGGGGCUGCAGAGCGAGCUGCAGCUCUGCCGCUCUCAGUGCGACGCUCUCCGUGAUCGCACCUCCUCUCUGGAGCAACGCUGUUCCUCGCUGACCUCUGACCUCUCCCAGCUCAGAGGCCUCCUCUCUCGAAGCCGCAAGGAGUCCUCGUCCUUCUUCUUAGCCUGCGCCCUGCUGGGUGGAGCGCUGAGGCACGCUCACCGCCGUCUGUGUGGGCUUUCUGAGCAGAAGAAAUUCCUGUGCCGGCAGCUGGCAGAGCGGAAGCAGCUGGAGGAGGAGGUGAGGAGGCUGGUUGAUGCUCUGGAAGGAGAGAAAGACCAAGAGAAGGAGGAAGAGAAGAAGAGAGAGAGGACGAGGAGGGCAACGAAGAGGUGGAGGAGGACUGUGUGCGCUGUGCUGGCAGUGAGGAGGUGGUGUUCGCUGGCCAGGAACACGACAGUGUUGCUUCGUCUGGAGAGAGGAGGCGGAGCUCCAGCUGUCUGCGUCUGUGGAGGGGCGGAUACGGCGACACAGAAGGCUCGAGACACACCAGACAAAAAGCUGACUGACGGUCGUGAAGGUCUUUGUGCUCGUUUGUUUGGAUCUAAACGUCUCUCAUCCACCAUCCUGACCUCCAUGUCUGACCUGCAGGGGGCUCUGGGAGACUCUGUGGCUUGCGCAGGCUUGUCCCGCCUCCUUGAUCUCCUCCUCGACCAAUCAGAGUCCAGCCUAUCAUCCUGUGGCGUGAAGGAGGAGACACUGAGCAGCCGAAUGAGGCUCGGUCUGAGUAGCCUGACGUCUUUGCAAGUUUGGUGUCGGUCCUCCAGCAGCAUUUCCUGGUCUUCAGCCAGCGGCUGCAUUCGGCAGAGAUGGAGAGGCGGGGGCCUGCGGCUGGAGGCAGCCAAUCUGAGGAAAGGACUCCGGAAGGAGACGAGCAGAAUGGUGCCAGACGAGCGUUUCCAGAGUGUGUGCGUGGAGCUCCGUCAGGCUCUGAGCAGAGAGCAGGAGGCUCAGAUGCUGAUCCAGGAGCAGUCCAACCAGCUGCACACGCUGCAGCGGCGAGUCCACGAAAAUGCUGCCGAGCAAGCUGAAACACAGCGCACACUGAGACAGACCACACAGGUGCUGUCAGAGGCUCGGCAGGAGGUGAAUCGGAAAGAGCGCUCACUGAGGAUUCUGGGUAAGCACCUAUCAGGGAUUCAGAAGGGGAAGAAGCAGGUGGAGGAGAGGCUGCAGCGAGCUGAGGAAGAGCUGAGCGAUGCCAGCAGACGUCGGGACCGUGUGGUCAGCUGCAUGAAGGCUGCAGAGGCGAGUUGCAAGCAGUUCAGGGACAGUCUCGUCCAAUCGCAACACUCUCUGAAGGCCAAGCCCCGCCCCUUGCUGUUACCUCACGAGAACCUAGAGUUGAGUGGAGCAGAGAGCAUCAUGGGAGCUCCUGAGGCGACAGCGUGCCAGAGUUUUCUCUCCGCCGUCUCUCAGCUCUGCCACACCUGCAGCUCCAGGAUUGAUUGGCUUGAGCAGGAAGUCUCUGCCCACCGCAGUCAUGUGACAGCACUGCGUAGCGAGCUGCAGGAUGCUUGUCUCCGUGACAACUUGGCCUUUGUUCCUGUGUCUGAUUUCACAGAAACCUUUCCUGUCGCUGACUUGGAAAUACCUCAAGCUGUUCCCCUCUGUGAUUUGUCAAAGAACCCAAUGAUCACUGUAAACCACUCCCCCUCUAAUGUAAACCCCACCCCUCCAUCAAAAGCAAGUUCCUCCCCUACUUCUUGCAAAGUCACCGUGGGUCAAACGAAGUUGAAGAAAGCCACAAAAAAAACCAGAGGCCACGUGAAGAGCGGAGGGCGGAAAUGAUCACAUAUUUCUGUGAUGAUACAAACCACAGAAGAAGAAACACUUUUUUGAAGUUGUGGAGGCAUUCUGAUUUUAGAAACUUCUCCUUCAAAUAACCAAAACUUUAUUCAUCUGCAGUAGCGGGCAAACAUGCUCUCUCCACAGCUGUCUGGUGACAGACGCCUGAAGGCCAGAUGGUCGAGCGUUACGACGGCGACUCGGUGACGGAUCAGCAGCUGCCACCAGAGCUGCUGUCACUCAGACGCUACUGCUCGUGUGCUGUGGCCGAGUGCGUUCUCAAACGAUUCAUGUGAAAGAAAACAUCACAGAGAAAGCGUGAAAAUUCUUCUUUAGUGUGUUCAGUCGGUUUUACUCAGUUACCUCACUGCAGAUUUUCUGUUCGUGUUACUUUUUCGCUCUCGUGUGAGGGUUAAAUUUUGUUUGUUUGCACACAGAACUCACGAGCAGAUACAUGUCCAGCUAAAGCAGAAAAGCUAAAGAAAUAUAAAUGUAUGUUUUUUGUUUAUUGUAUUUGUUUUUACU